AUGUGCGAUACCGGUGAUUUUGUUCGAGGUAAUGGAGGUGGCAAGUGGUCGACCCUUCGAGACGCGUUUCUUUCUGCGGUGGCAGCGUCCAAGGGAGAGCAUGCCACGGAGGUUGGCGGCAACGGGGCGAGGGACAGCACCACGUCCUCGAGGUUCGAGGGCUUCGUUCUUUUCCCCAGGCAAGAGAUUGACCCAACGUCAGCAGUAGCGGCAGCUACACCAACUGCAACGACGACCAUCCAACCAGGCAACGUUUGGGCUACAUAUCACCUUCCUCAUGGGAAAAAGGUCACGACGAGGGACGCUUCGUCAAAGAGAAGGGCGGGCGCGGGCGGGGUAACCAUUACCCUGGACCAGCUGUUUGCGCACCGCGUGCACGGCGUCGACAACACGGGCAACGUGAGAGUAUGGCCGGCGGAGCACGUCCUGCUCCACGUCUUGCUCUCUAGCCCGCUGGCCUCCUCGCUGGGCGGGAUGCGGGUGCUGGAGCUCGGGGCGGGCAUGUCCGGGUUGGCCGGCCUGGGGGUGGCGGCUUGCUCGGACGCGGGGGAGGUGGUGAUCACGGAUGGCAACCCGGAUGCGCUUAGAACUCUCGAGGAGUGCGUGGAGCUCAACGCCAAGGAAGGCGUUUUCGGCGAUACCAGGGUGGCGGCGAGGAGGCUGGUGUGGGACAGCCUGGACAGGAACGGCGACAGGGCCGCCCUGCUUUCAAGGUUUUCCUCGGAAGUAGGAGGCAGCGACCGUUUCGACCUCAUCAUUGCCUCCGACUGCUUGUUCUUCAAGGACUUCCACGAUGACCUGAUCAGCACAAUCGGAGGCCUUCUCCGGCCGGGCGGACUCGAGGUCCGAGAGCGGCGGAGGAAGCAGGCCGCGACGGCGGCCGAGCCGGAGACAAGUGCUUUCGGACACGCCGCGGGGUCAGGGACGGGCGUGGGUGGAGGACAGGAUGGACAUGCGGCGGUGGAAGGAGUCAAGCAGGAGCAGCAACAGCAGCAGCAAUUGUGGGUAGCUGUUGCCGGGGCUCCAGGAUCGGGGAAGACAACUCUAGCGGCGGAGGUGUGCCAGCGCGUGCAGUCCGAGGAGAUAUCGGCGAUCUGCCUGCCAAUGGACGGCUACCACCUCUACAGGCGGGAGCUAGACCUGCUGCCAGACCCGCGGGAGGCUCACCGGCGGCGGGGGGCUCACUGGACGUUCGACGGGAGGCGCUUCUUGUCGGAGCUAGGGGACGCCCGGAGGAGCGGGAGAGGGAGCUUUCCCGGGUUCGACCACGCCAGGGGGGAUCCGGUGGAGAACCAGUGGAUGGUGCAGCCCUCUCACUCAGUCGUCAUAGUGGAGGGAAACUACCUGCUGCUCAAGGGGGUAGAUCCCUGGAACCAAGUGGGAGGUCUUUUCGACGUCACGUGGGCCAUUCGAUGCCCUCCAGAAGUCUGCGGAGAAAGGGUAAGAAGAAGGCACAUGUCCACAGGUCUGGAGGAGGAGGAGGCUCGUGCCAGGGUCGAGGGAAACGAUCUGCUGAACGCGAGGCUUGUAUCUGAGAAGUGUCCUUGGAGCGAGGUCGACGUCGUAAUCGACAGCCUCUAG